ACAUAUAUGUCAUCAUCGCCACACACUCACACUCUAAUAAUCAUGGAACGACUCAGCGAAGUGCGAUUGUACUCAUCACCAAUGACAUCAGUACUCAACUCAAAUCUAUCUUCUUGCUUAACAAAUGCAUUUAUUCCUGAUACUGUACGAAUGGCCAGUAGUCCACUUUUGGCAUGGAUGACACUUGUCGUCAUCGGAACACUUGCUCCAGUAAGCGUCUUUUCCUGCUUGAGCCUCAAGCGAUCAGUCAAAGAAUUGCUCACUGAAAGAUCCUCGAAACUCGAUGUAUUGGAUAUCUUCCGAUUCGUUGCAAUCCUUUGGGUUAUGCUUAACCAUACUGGAAGUGAAGGAAGAAUUGAUAUUUUGGAUCGACUACCAUCUGCUGAUGCAUUCAAAAGUGCAAUGCAUGAUCAUCCAAUUUUUGGAGCUCUCAUGGGAAACUCUGCUCUUGGAGUUGAAAUUUUCCUUGUACUUUCUGGACUUUUGGCAGCUAGAUCGUGGCUUCGUAAAGCCGAUGAGCCAUUUUUCCAACAUUGGAAAUCAUUUAUUGCUCGUAGACUACUCCGCUUGGCUCCAUCCAUGUUCAUUUUUGUCUACAUCGCUGCUGGUCCAAUCAUGAAUGCUCUUCUCCCACGAUACUCCUCUUCAAUGGUCUCCGCUUGUGGUUUUUGGGGUAUUCUUUCCCAUGUAACAUUCACUUCUAAUUGGCAAUCCACACCAACUUGCAUGGGAUAUCUUUGGUAUUUGGGACUCGACAUGCAACUUUACAUGGUUGCUCCAAUCUUCUUGAAUCUUCUUCACAAGUUUCCAAAACGUGGAAUGGCUCUCACUAUUACCACUAUAAUUGCCUCUAUGGUCAUCCGUGCGGGUUACUGUACCGCCUAUGGAACUUGCAACCAAAGUGAUGUCGAUAUUCCAUUCAUUUCAUAUCCAGGGCAAGACGCAGAGACAUUGAAGAGUAUUUAUGCUGGACUUUGGGACAUGUACUCAAGACCAUAUACCAAGUGUGGUCCAUUCCUUAUCGGUCUUCUUCUCGGAUACAUCACAGUUUCCAGCAAAUACAUCAUGGUUUCGACUACAUCCAAGACACUCUUCCGUUCCAGUCUCAUUGUCGCAAUCGCCACAAUCUACGCAAUUCUCCCAGAAUAUUGGAACCCAAAUGCUGGAAAUACUCUCUAUAAUACAGUUUACACGGCAGUAUUCCGAUCUGUAUUCGCUAUGGCUAUUUCUGGAAUGAUUGCUGCUCUGUAUUUCAGACAAGAAUACCGUCCAACAAAUCCGAUCUUCGCCAUGCUUGCCAAGCUCACCUACAACGCGUAUCUCCUUCAUAUGCCAGUUGUCUAUAUUUUCAAUUGGCUCCCAUUCCUUCAAGCUGCCACUUCACCAAUUCAUCUUCUACUAGUUCUUCCAUUUGUUGCAAUUCUAUCAUUCAUUGCUGCUCUCAUCUUUUAUCUUUUCAUUGAGGCCCCAAUUGGGCAUUUGACAUCUCAAUAUGCCACACGACUGGGCCUGUAGAUUUAAUUGUGAUAUGAUCUUUUCGAUUAAGCUUUAGGAUAUGUUUUCUUUUGCCACCCACGUGUAAUUGUAUUUAUGUAUAUUGUUUAUGUUUCUGGUGCGAUUAUUUUGAAAUUACGGGUAACGAUAAGCACAAUAAAUAAUUAAUAAUUU